GGGGAUAUACUGCAGUUACUUAAGAGCCCCCAACUAUUUCCAGAUUUCAUUGCACUUGAGAAAGUCUACCAGAAACAGGAAAGAGAACAUCUGAAAAGAAGGGGAUUGCAACACUGUUACAAUGUCUGAACCAACGCAGGCUGACAAAGAGAAGAAAAAAACAAUUCCCCCUAGCCUGAGUGGCCGAAGAGCCCUCCCCCCAAACGUCUCUAAUGCUGAAGAAGAUGAGGUCCCUGUCAUGGAGAUGACUGGUUUGGUACCUAGGGGAGUUAACCUGAAAGAUUUUCUGGAAGUUAAGGAAGUUCACAUGUUCAAGAGUGACCAGGAUGUUAACAAGCAGCAGCACCAUACUGACAAGUACUACCACCCUAAGUUGAUUGUACGCCGUGGACAGCCUUUCCUUAUCCAAAUUGACUUCAACCGUCCUUACAAUCCUGAAAAGGACCAGUUCUGGGUGGAAUACCUUAUAGGUCGUUAUCCACAGCAAAACAAAGGCACUUACAUCCCAAUCCCUUUGGUUGAAGAACUGCAAAGCGGGACAUGGGGAGCCAAGAUUACCUGGAAGGAGGACAGUUCCAUUAGACUGUCCAUCAUGUCUGCUCCGACCUGCAUUGUGGGGAAAUUCCGCCUCUAUGUCGCUGUCCUGACUCCCUAUGGCAUCCGCCGGACAAAGAGAAACCCAGAGACUGACACCUACAUACUCUUUAAUCCCUGGUGCCCAGAGGAUUCUGUGUUUCUGGAUGACGAGAAGGAAAGGGAAGAGUAUGUCCUGAAUGACCUUGGUGUUGUUUUCCAUGGAGACAUCAACAAUAUAAAAUCCAGAAGCUGGAAUUAUGGUCAGUUUGAAGAGGGCAUUCUGGAUGCUUGCCUACACUUGAUGGAUAGAGCAAAACUAGAUCUCUCUGGGCGGGGGAACCCAGUCAAAAUCAGUCGCAUUGGAUCUGCAGUGAUCAAUGCUAAAGAUGAUGAGGGUGUGGUUGCUGGCAGUUGGGACAAUAUUUAUGCUUAUGGAGUAGCACCGUCAGCCUGGACUGGAAGUGUAGACAUCCUACUGGAAUAUCAUAGCUCUGGUAUGCCAGUGCGGUACGGUCAGUGCUGGGUCUUUGCUGGAGUCUUCAAUACAUUUUUAAGGUGCAUAGGGAUACCUGGAAGAAUUGUUACCAAUUAUUCCUCUGCCCAUGAUAAUGAUGCCAAUUUACAACUGGAUGUCUUUGUGGAUGAAGAAGGGAAAGUGGACUCCAAACUCACAAAAGACUCAAUCUGGAACUAUCACUGCUGGAACGAGGCAUGGAUGACCAGACCUGAUCUUCCCGUUGGUUUUGGAGGAUGGCAAGUCGUAGAUAGUACUCCUCAAGAAAACAGUGAUGGUAUGUAUAGAUGUGGCCCUGCUUCCGUUCAAGCUAUUAAACAUGGUCAUGUCUGCUUCCAGUUCGAUGCUCCUUUUGUUUUUGCAGAGGUAAAUAGUGAUGUUGUUUACUCAAAAGCAAUGAAAGAUGGGACCAGAGUGAUUGAACACAUUGAUAAGACCCACAUUGGGAAAUUAAUCUUGACCAAGGAAAUUGGGAGUGAUAGAACCAAGGACAUUACUGAGCAGUACAAGUUCCAGGAAGGCACAGAAGAAGAGAGACUGGCCCUUGAGACAGCUCUGAUGUAUGGCGUUAAAAAGCAGGCUACCCAGGAUACUAUGGAGCCGGCAGGGACCGAUGUCGACAUGGACUUUCAAGUGGAAACUGCAACACUUGGCAGCGACUUCAAAGUCACUGUAACUUUCAGAAACAACAGCCGCAACCGUUACACUGCAACAGUCUAUCUGUCUGGCAAUAUUGUGUUUUAUACGGGUGUCACGAAGAAUGAAUUCAAGAAACAUACUUUUGAUGUGACACUGGAACCCUUGGCAUCUAAAAUUUCUGAGGUCUUAAUCAAAUCGGGGGAGUACAUGAGUCAGCUGCUGGAACAGGCCUCUUUGCAUUUCUUCGUCACAGCACGUCUCAAUGAAACGAAAAAGAUUCUGGCCAAGCAGAAGACCUCUGUACUGCAAAUCCCCAAGCUGCACAUCAAGGUUCCUGGAGAGAAGGUAGUUGGUAAGGAAAUGUCUGUGAUGAUAGAAUUCACCAACCCACUGAACCAAAAGCUUGUGAAUGUCUUGGUACGUCUCGAUGGACCUGGCCUACUGAGGACAACCACAAAAAUGUUCAGGGAAAUUCCAAAGAAUUCUACUUUGACCUGGGAAGAAAAAUGUUUUCCAAGACAAGCUGGAGUUCGAAAGCUAAUUGCAAGCCUGAAUUGUGAUGCCCUACGACAUGUCUAUGGCGAGCUGGACCUAGAGGUUGAAAGGAGACCACUUGUGUGAACAAGAUUGUCUUCUUCAGCCUUUUAUCAGCGUUUUAUAAGGAAAAAAUGUGAAGAAAUAUUUUUAGCUCUCAUUGUCCUAUCUCCGAAUAAAUGUACAUGUCAAUGAAGCAAAGUAACAGAAAACACCAGGAAGGGUUGGGAAUGCAUUUAUCGGGUUAUGAGUGUUUCAAAUUAAGAUAAUACUAGUUAAAGGCAACUUCAGGCCAUAUUACUCUUAUAGUUCACAUGAAUGUAUACCCCUUUGCAUUGGUACUGGGAGGGAGAAGGUUCCAUUCUCCAAAACACUUUGAACUUUAGUUUUAAUUAGGGCUUGAUAUUUCACUGAACAAAAAAAAAAAAAAAAUUACAUUCUUAUGGUAAAACAUGGUUUUAUCUUGUGGUGUUAAAGUUUUCAAAUUCACAGAGCAGCCCACUUUGUUGAAAGGAUUGAUCAGGGUUGGGUACCUCAAGGCUGCUCCCAAUUAGCACUCUGCUAUGCCCUCCCAUACAUACAGACACUGGCUUCUUGCUUUGUCUUUACCCCAUUCUGUCUGCUGCUAGUGCACCGUCCCUCUUGUUUGUCCCUAAGCUACCAUAUCUCUGCCCAGGGAUCAUUGCACCAAGCCCCCAGUUUAUUAGUCAUAACCUUUCAACUGUGUUCCAAGGCUUCUGUCUUGCCACACCUACCAUCUCUCCUUCCCCACACUUAGUAGGGGGCCUUAUUAUUCCUUAGUUCCAUGUGUGUAUAGGAGACAGCCACUGCUGACAGAAGGUGUUCCAUGCACCUUUAUGGAGUUUAGGCUGCACAGACCUGGAAAGUGGGCAAAUAGGGCUAAAAAGGUGUAGACAGGCAGCAGGCUGGGAGUCUCUGGGUUCUACCCCUCCCACACCCACAAAGGAAGCAAGUGCAAAUGAAUCUGUCCCCUCUGUGCUGUGAAACCUUUAGGGAUGGUUCAAGAAGCAGCUGUGAUCAAGUGAGCUUCUGGUAUCUCGGUUUUUGCAGGAGCAGCAUUCUUGAUUAGCGAAUAGGAGCCAGUGGGGCUGGGCAUGGAGAUGCCUCUUAAGUUUUGGGAGUGCUCCCAAUGAAGAUUGGCACAGAUCUUUGGGUAUUCCCAGGGUAAGACGAUGGAAUCAUAGUUUCUUCCAGGGGGAGGGUACAGCCACCUCCCCUGAGAGAAGGGGGAGAUAGAAACUCCACAACCUGACUUCAGCAUCCCCUCUCCUUUACAAAUUAUUCCUGCAUAAAGAAGAAUGGGAGCCCAGGCUUCCCAUUUCUAAGACUGAUCCUACCCAUAGCUUCUUCCUGACAUUUCUAUUGAUUCCAGUCUCACUGUUCGUCUUGCACCACUGCUACUCAGCUGAAAAGGAAGUACUCCCCAAUGCAUUCUGGGCAAUGGUGUGGCUCUCAGUGUUGUUGAUGCAGGGCCGGCUCUACCAUUUUUGCCGCCCCAAGCAAAAAAAAAAAGCUGCUUGGAUUGUGCCGCCCCAAGACUGGGCAGAAUGCCACCCCUUAGCAUGUGCAGCCCCAGGCACGUGUUUCCUCCUCUGGUGCCUGGAGCCGGCCCUGUGUUGAUGUGACUUAGGAGAUCUCGGAGAUACAGUGCUGCCAAACAGGUAUGGGACUGACACUGAGUCAUACUAAAAUUUUUCUAGGGGAUUUGAAUUUUACUCCUAAAUACACAUUUCCUCCCCAAAACAUACGUUGUUUCCCUGUGUGUAUUAUGAAUGCCUACUGAAAUACUUCACAGCAUUUUAUUCAUUAUAAAACGAGUGUGUGAGGGAGAGGGAUGGGUCUCAAAUUAUUCUGCAUCUGCAGUAAAAACCUUUGCUUGCCAAGCUGUAGAGAUUUACUGUAUGUAAAAGGACACGGCCCAUGCUAACAAACUGCAUGUGUGGGAUACUUCAUCAUUUUAAAGGGAGAUAAGAGAGGAAGCAGGUGCAAACCUCACAUCUAUUAAAUAAUAUAGCUUUACUGUGCAGUUUAUAGGUGACAUCAUGUUAUGGUCUGAUCAAUGAGAGAAAGAUGGUUUGCCUUAACCUCUGAAGUCCCAUGCUCCUCUUCUUUCCCCAUGAUCCCUCCCCUCCCUACACCCACAGAACUUGUACCUAGGUAAAAGUAAUUUCUUUAGGACAAGUAAGCGCAGGAAUUCUCUCAAUGACAGAAGGUCACGUAGGGGAGAGAGCGCUUGCUCUUUUGUUAGACUAUAUAGGACAAAUUUUCAUACAGAGACACAUAAGUUGCACAUACAAAAUGUGUAUGUAUACACCUCAUACUACAGUGAUGGGUUUGGGACUGAAAGGUAAGUACCAAUUGCAUGCCUAAGUGGGCACGUUCACAUGGGGAAGGGAUAGGUGUAUACUUAGAGUACCUGUUAGCACCUGGGCUUUAAUGCAACCGUGCUCACACAUGUUUUGUCAGCACAACUUACAUUACCUCUUUUGAAAAUUUGUUCUUACCUGUCCAAAGGCUCUCAAGGAGCCCUCUGUGUGUGUUUAGCAGUUAAUAGCAUGCUGACAAUGCAUUACGGCAAGUUAUGUUUACUGAUCAUAUGUUCCUUGCUAAAUUCUACAGUAUCUAAUACAAAAUAGCCACAUUUUGCUACCGAGUAUAAAUCUGCUUUCUUCUGUGCAUUUUUAAUAAUUAGAACAUAAUAGAAACUUAAAAUAAAGACAGUCUGAUUAUGCAAUAGA